AUGGCAGCAGUGCCAGCGCCGUCGCCGGGGCCCACAGGAGCGCGGAUUGCGGCUCAGACGUUCACGUUUCGAGAGCUGGAGCGAGCGACAGGCGGGUUCUCCGAGAAGAAUUUUAUAGGCGAGGGCGGGUUUGGUCGCGUGUACAAAGGGUGGCUGGAGUCUACAGGCCAGGUGGUAGCGGUGAAGCAGCUGGAUAGAAACGGCGUGCAGGGCAACAGGGAAUUCUUGGUCGAGGUGCUCAUGCUCAGCCUGCUGCACCAUCCGAAUCUCGUGAAUCUCAUUGGCUACUGCGCGGACGGCGAUCAACGGCUGCUGGUGUAUGAAUUCAUGCCACGUGGCGCUCUUGAGGACCAUCUGCAUGACCUACCCGAGGGCAGGGCGAGUCUGGAGUGGAGCAAGCGCAUGAGAGUGGCAGCAGGGGCGGCCAAGGGCCUCGAGUACCUGCACGAGGAGGCCUCCCCACCUGUCAUCUACCGCGAUUUUAAAUCCUCCAACAUACUCCUCGACGAGAACUGGCACCCCAAGCUCUCGGAUUUCGGGCUGGCGAAGCUGGGGCCUGUGGGGGAUAAGACGCACGUGUCGACGCGCGUGAUGGGCACGUAUGGGUACUGCGCGCCCGAGUAUGCCAUGACGGGGCAGCUCACGGUGAAGAGCGAUGUGUAUAGUUUCGGAGUGGUGCUGCUGGAGCUGAUCACGGGGCGCAAGGCGAUUGACAGCUCGAGGCCGCAUGGAGAGCACAACCUCGUUGCUUGGGCGCGGCCACUCUUCAAGGACAGGAGGAAGUUCCCAGCCAUGGCGGACCCCUUGCUGCAGGGCCGCUACCCCAUGCGCGGGCUGUACCAGGCGCUGGCUGUUGCUGCCAUGUGCCUGCAGGAGCAGGCCAGCCAGCGACCCAUGAUCCACGAUGUGGUUACCGCGCUCAACUACCUGUCGUCACAGCCCUACGACCCAAAUAACAACCCGCAACCCAGGUUCUCUGCAGCACGCCUGGGAGAUGCACGCCAGGCUCCACACCCCUUCAGGAGAAUUGUCGUUAACUUGCUUGUUAUCCCCGCCUCCCUCACUUUCCUUUCAACCCCCCCUCCCUCCAUUCCCUUAAAUUUCUCUUACUGCAGCAUGCCUGGCAGAUACACACCAGGCACGACGCCCCUUCAUGAGAAGAAGGGGUCUCGCUCGCCCCGCGUGCGCAACCUGCAGUCCCCCCGCGCAUCGCCCCAACAGCAGCAGCAGCAGCACCAGCACCGACAGGGGGACUCCGGGGGUAGCACCCGCCUGUUGCCUCUCCCUCUCUCAUUCCCUCUCCCUCCCACUUCCCUCUUCCCCCUUCCGCCCCCUUUCCCUCUCCUCCCCCCCCUUAAUCUGCCCACUGCAGCACGCCUGGCAGAUACACGCCAGGCACGACGCCCCUUCAUGAGAAGAAGGGGUCUCGCUCGCCCCGCGUGCGCAACCUGCAGUCCCCCCGCGCAUCGCCACAACAGCAGCACCAGCACCAGCACCGACAGGGGGGUUCCGGGGGGAGUGUUCACCAGCAUCAGCAGCAGCAUCGGGCCACUCGCCGGAGCCUCCGAUGUUGACGAGUCGCCGCGCCAGCAUGAUGAAGCUUCCUCCGCUCUUCCUGCCGCUUCUGCUCUCCCUCCUUCUCUCAUCGUCGCAUGUCAAUCGCCCAGUCGUCGCACAGCAGUGCUCUGCGACGAUUCUCUGCGCCAACAACCUCUGCUGCAGCAAGUGGGGCUGGUGCGGCUCCACCGUCGAUUACUGCGGCUCUGGCUGCCUAUCCGGGCCCUGCAGUGGAGCCCCUUCCGCCUCCCCCUCUCCGCCUCCCCCCAAAAGCUCUCCGCCUCCGCUAACCAGCUCUCCCCCUCCGCCCACGAGCUCCCCGCCUCCGCCAACCACCGGAAUGCGGAGCGCAGAACGGCAACAGCAUCUGUCCGAACGGUCUCUGCUGCAGCAUCCACGGCUGGUGUGGCUCCACCCUCGAUUACUGCGGCUCCGGCUGGUUCCUUCCCCACUCAACCCCCCAAUUCUCUCUACCCCUCUCCACCCCUCUCCACCCCUCUCCACCCCUCUCCACCCCACCCCACUCCUCUCUACCUGCAUUUCACCAGAGUGCGGCGCACAGAACGGCAACAGCGUCUGUCCCAACGGCCUGUGCUGCAGCAUCCACGGCUGCGCAUGGCAUACUUUGUCAACUGGGCGGGCAUGGACCCAUCCCUCAUCCCUUCUGCCAGCCUAACGCAUGUCUUCUACGCCUUUGCACUCAUUGACGCCACCACAUACCAGGUCGUCCCAUCCAACCCAGCAGUGGACGUCACCCAGGGUCUCUACCUGCGCUUCAACUCCGCUCUGAAAACCGCCAACCCCGCCAUCAAGUCGCUCCUCUCCAUCGGGGGCUAUUCCGCAGGCACCACCACAUUCACCAACGCCGCCUCCUCCGCCUCCUCCCGCUCCGCCUUCAUCCAAUCCGCGAUCCAUUUUGCCCGGUCGUACAAUUUCGAUUGUCUGGAUAUUGACUGGGAGUACCCGACCGGGCAGACGGCGCUUUUUUCUGCCCUGCUCACGGAUUUCCGGGCGGCGAUCGAAUCCGAGGCGGCCAGUUCGGGGCGGCCGAAGCUGCUUCUGUCAGCGGCGGUUUCAGCCUAUGAGCCUACUGUUACUCAGGCCUACGACGUCCCGACGCUUAACAAAACACUGGACUUAGUUAACAUAAUGACUUACGAUCUGCAUGGGUCGUGGGAGGCAAAGACCGGCAUGCACACUGCUCUGGAGGAUCUGAGCAACCCGCAGCUGAGCCUCAAGGGUGCCAUGGCUGCCUGGGUGUCCCGAGGCUUGGACGGAAGCAAGGCCAUGCUAGGCUUGGCGAUGUACGGCCGAACCUGGACCCUAGCCUCUACAAGCAGCACUGGGGUCGGAGCUGCGGCCACCGGGCCUGGCCUGGCUGGGUCUGUGAGUCAGGAGGCUGGUGUCCUUUUCUACAGGGAGAUUUCUCAAAUGGUAGCAACUGGUGGUUACAAAGCUACACUUCAUACUCCAUCGUCGUCCAUGUACGCGGUGAAGGGGAACCAGUGGGUUGGUUACGACAACCCAUCUACCAUCACCACCAAGGUUAAUUAUGCCAAGGCACAAAGCUUUGGGGGGUGGUUCUUUUGGGCCCUGAACCAGGAUGCCAACAAUGCUUUGCUCAGUGCUGCGUCGGCCGUGUGA